GUUGAGGCACAAGUUCAAACGUUAAACGUGUACGGGUAGCAGAAGUACACGUUACACGUUUCAAGUCCAAGUAAAAAUCGUUGAGGCACACGUUCAUAACAUCACGUGACUCAGUGAACAUCGCGCAUUGACUCACGGGAAAUAAGUUGAAAAAAAUGGCGGAAGCAAAAUAAAUCAUAAUUUUAACCCCAAACACAAAAAAAUGAAGACGUUUAAGCCGAUCGUGUACUCACCAAGCUACACGUAACAAACGCCAUUAUCGACGGUCCAGAACUGCCAGAUGGCGGCGCUCACCCGUUACCCGUACACGUUUUGGGCUAAAUACGUGCGCCUCAACCUCUCUAAUAAUACACAAUAAAUUAAUUUUAUAAAAAAUAAAUCAUUGUAUAAUGUUUUUAGGUGAUACUAGUGGUUACAUCUCAGUAUGGUAUUUAGCCAAUUUUUACAAUGGUUUGAACACUGGAAAUUUAGAAAAAGAGUUAACAUCCUUCACAUAUACCAGAAUUCUUCCCGGUUUCCUUAUGUGUAAGAAGAAAGUUUUGCCCGAAGAACCAGAACAUGAUUAUUAUCUGCUGGGUAAACCGCCUGUACUGCUAAACCGAUUUAGAGGUCAUACAGUUACCGUUAACUGUAUAGAAUUCGUAGAAAAUUAUAAAUAUAUCAUCACUGGAAGUACCGAUUGCUGUGUUCGACUAUGGACCCUCAACGGAAGGUUUCUAGGAACAUUUGGAGACAAACAUCCAUGGAAUUUGGAUCGCUCUUACCUUGCAACUUCUCGCUAUGUCAUUCCUGAAGAAAUCAAAAGAUGUGGAACACCUAUGACGCUAAGAGUUUUAAAUGGUGGAAUGUCAAGACUCUGGAAGGCCACGCUAAAUGUCAUUNUUCGGGGCCUAAAGGACCGAGUUUUUUGUGAUACUAGUGGUUACAUCUCAGUAUGGUAUUUAGCCAAUUUUUACAAUGGUUUGAACACUGGAAAUUUAGAAAAAGAGUUAACAUCCUUCACAUAUACCAGAAUUCUUCCCGGUUUCCUUAUGUGUAAGAAGAAAGUUUUGCCCGAAGAACCAGAACAUGAUUAUUAUCUGCUGGGGAAACCGCCUGUACUGCUAAACCGAUUCAGAGGUCAUACAGUUACCGUUAACUGUAUAGAAUUCGUAGAAAAUUAUAAAUAUAUCAUCACUGGAAGUACCGAUUGCUGUGUUCGACUAUGGACCCUCAACGGAAGGUUUCUAGGAACAUUUGGAGACAAACAUCCAUGGAAUUUGGAUCGCUCUUACCUUGCAACUUCUCGCUAUGUCAUUCCUGAAGAAAUCAAAAGAUGUGGAACACCUAUGACGCUAAGAGUUUUAAAUGGUGGAAUGUCAAGACUCUGGAAGGCCACGCUAAAUGUCAUUAGCUUUCUGUGGAUGUUAUUAGGGAAGCAGAAGAGAGCUGUAGCUGCUGGUAAAAUCAUCAAAGAAAUUGAAGUUGACAAAAAGAAAAUAUAUGAAGAUGAUUUCUUUGAUUUCAAAUUACCGAAACAUAUUUUGGAAAAAUAUUAUCAACCCAAACAGGAAUAUAUUCCACUACCAAAGAUUAAUCUUAUUUCAAAUGAGAAAGAGGUGUUUCCUUUCAUGAGUCUUCCAACAUAUGAACUGAAAACCAUAAAUCCUCCUCAGAGAAAUCUCGAUUUACGAGAUCUGCGAAAUUUGGGACGCUCCCCAGCAUAGUAAAAUGGAAAAAAUCAGCUUUUGAAACUAGUAAAGAAAAACAAAAAUUAAAAAAAGAAAAGCUAAAUUCGUUCUAAUCUUGAUAUUCGUCUUUGUCUUUUUUUUAACUGCCCUUCAUGCCUUCUUCAACUUUUUGU